AGAUAUUUGCAUAGCAUGAGACAGGUCCUUGCACUUUGUUUCACUCUGUAAUAACAUUAACAUAUCAAACAAUUUUAUUAAUGGGUUUCGCUUCGUUUCCAUUGUCAUUCACUUCCGCUUCCACAACCACGACUACCGCCGCCGCCGCCACUACAAGGUCAAGAACACAUUUCCCCCGCCCCCACUGCUGCCGUCACUUCCUUUCAACGUCUUCUUUUCCUCUUCUGAUUCCUUCUUCUUAUACAAAUUUUGACUGUAAAGCUUCAGUUAAUGUACAGAGAAAGUGCGAUUGGAGUCCUUGGAGAUCAGCUAUAGAGAAUGUUACCCAUAAAGUUUCUUGUAACAUGUUGAAAGUUGAAGAUGACAUAAAUGAGGAGGCAUGUGAGUUGGUUAGUGGAGUGGAAUUCUCAGUAGGGGAAGGUGUUGAUACAAUCAACGCUUAUCUCUUCAAGGCCGUGAAAAACAAUAAUGGAACUGGCAUACUUCUCUUGUCUGAUAUCUUUGGAUUUGAAGAUUCAUCUACUAGAGACUUCGCAUAUCGUGUUGCCUGCAAUGGUUACAAUGUUCUAGUUCCCGACUUAUUUCGUGGAGAUCCAUGGACAAAAGACCGACCAAAGACUAUGCUUGAACAGUGGAUAACAAAACAAGAACCUCAGCGGAUCGCAAAGGACAUUGACACCGUGGCAAAAUGGAUGGCAGAUGAAUUUUUAGCUGCAGGACUUUCCAAAAAGUUUGGUCUAAUUGGGUUCUGCUAUGGAGGAGGCCGAGUAAUCGAGGUACUGUCUAGAGAUCAAGGUGCUUGUUUCAGAAUUGGGGUCUCCUUUUAUGGUACAAGAAUGGAUCCAUCUCUAGCGUCCAAUGUGAAGGUUCCAGUAUUGUUUAUUUCAGGAGACAAUGAUCCACUUUGCUCAGUCAGUGUCUUGAAAGAUAUUGAGAAGAACAUCGAAAAGGGGUCUCGGGUUGUUAUUUUUGAGGGAAGAGGUCAUGGCUUUGCCCAUCGUCCUGCCUCUCCCGAAGAAGAUACAGCUGCAGAAGAGGCUUUUCUAAUAAUGAGAAAUUGGCUGCAUGAUGGGUUGGUUUUAGAAGAUUAACUGCAGGCUCAUGAAGGUCACACUUUCUGUCUCAUGCUUGAUUUGUAUGUUUCUUGUGUUGCACGGAAACUUCUCGAUUCCUACAUUUCAAAGUUUCAUUUCCAUUUUUGAAAAUGCUUAUGAAAUUCUGAAAUUCUAUAUUUAGAACUUAUUCUUGUAAAGUAGUAAUAUUAUCUCUCCUUUCUGUUUCA